CUGGCCUGACAUUCAUCGUAAAAAGUUGCAGGUAAACCCUGCAAACUGGGCAAUGCCCAAACUGUUUCUAGAAAGAAAAGACAUGCUAAAACGUGCAUAACACAUACGAAUGGGUUCCGUGCGUUCACUCCGCGGCCUCUUGAGCUACUCUCAACCCCGCCUCGUUCGAUCGAUCUCCUACACUCCUCGUUUGGAAAGCCUCGGAUGGGUCGACAAGAUCAAAGGCGUUUUCACCGGCAAAAAGCCCUCCGGCGAUUCCUCCGCCCCCUCCUUCUCCCUUACUGACUUUGCUGAUCAGAUGGAGAACGCACGGGGCACGGGAUUGUUGAAAAAGUUCGAGGUAGGUCGGUGCAGUGAGGCCACCAUGGCCGAAGCCUUCAAGAAGCAGUCCUCCAUUCUCCGCUACCUUGGCAGCAUCGAUCCCACCGGAGAGAAUCUUCAACCCAGCCAUAAACAUGAAGCAACAAAGCAUUGCAAUUGUACUAUAUCCGAAGUUGAACACAUUUUGUCAAAGUACAAAUGGGCCAAAGAUGCACAGAUGAAGAUUGUUAAAUUAAAGGAAGAAGGAAAACCGUUGCCAAAAAGUUUUAGUGAGGUGCAAAAGCUGAUGGGCUCAACGCCUCUUGAUGUUGCUAGGUCUAAUAUGUCCAAAGGCUCAAAGAUAGGCAGAAAUGAUCCAUGCUCUUGUGGGUCUGGAAAGAAAUAUAAGAGGUGCUGCGGACCACCUUAAAGCUCAAUCAAUAAAGACAAAUCUGUAGAAUAUGGACCUCUCCUAGCUUCUCAUCGUGUUUCUUAGUUGAAAUCCAAGUGCUUCCUCCUUUUUCUUCUCUCUUUUUUUUAAUUUAUUUUUUUAUUUUUACCUUUUUUUUUGUAAUUGUAAAUUAACCUCCUUGUCUUUUGGGAAUACUGUCAGAUAAUAUCAAAUGUUAUGCAGGUGUUUUGAGAAAUUUUGCUACAACUGGCAACU